AAUUUGGAACAAAAUAGAAAUAAAAAUCGAUAUCAUCGUCAAGUCCAAGUAUCAUCAUCUGAUCCUCUUCCUCGGUUAGCGCACUGUGAAUACAAUACAGUCUUUGUAAAUUGAAUCACUUCCAGUGCAAACUUGAAGCUAUUCUAAUGAAAAAUUAGGGUUUUUUUUUGUCCUUUUCUAUCUUUGCGUCUUAUUUGGGAAUUCGAUUUGAUUCCGUUGGAAUAAUGGUGGAGAGACGGAGUCCUCUGGUUCUAUCAUCCACCAGAACUACACUCCGUUCAGUGCUCAAUUCGUUGCAACCCGUCUCUUCCGAUGGCGAACGAGUCCUGAAUCACGACGGGGUUGUUUCGGGUGGAUCCGUUAGGUUGUCUGCGGGGAUUCUCCGGUGCCACAAUGAUGCGAAAUUGGAUUCUUUGGAUGACUCUUCAUUGGUGGGACUCUCCACUCAAUUGCUCAAGAGACUAUCCAUCAACUCUGGUUCUUUAGUUGUUGUGAAGAACAUUGAGAUAGGCAUUCACCGGGUUGCACAAGUUGUUGUGCUUGAUCCUCCCAACAAGCUUGAAGAUGCAUCUCUCACUAGAAUACCUGUUUCGGGCUCCCUUCAUACGAUGCUUGUCUUUCCCACUUAUGAUUUGAUGCGACACCAGUUAUUAGACCAAGAGGUUGCUUACUUGUCCCCAAUGUUAGCUUUUAAUCUUAGCUUGCAUAUAUCUUGCUUGAAAUCCCUUGUUCAUCGAGGGAAUGGGGUCUUAGAGAAGUAUUUUGAAGCUAAGUUUGACGAGGAGUUAACUGAAAAAUCUGCGGCAGAUGAGUCAAAGAUUGGUUUGGAUUUGGAACCUGUGUCCGAAGUUCCAGGCUAUGCAUCACAUCUGAGGGUUUCUUUUGUUAAAAUCCCAGAGUGUGGUUCCAUUCAAUCCCUGAAAGUCAAUUCGUCGUUUGAAGCUGAAGAGCGACAAGGGUUAAUAGAUUCCGCAUUGCAUAAGUAUUUUGGAACUGAUAGACAUCUGUCAAGAGGCGAUAUAUUUCGCGUUUUCAUUGACUGGAAUUGCGGUUCAAGUAUAUGUAUUCCAUGUAGUCAAAGGUUGUGCUCAGAAGGCGAUGACUUUAUAUAUUUCAAGGUCGUUGCGAUGGAACCUUCUAAUGAGAGGUUUCUUCGAGUCAAUCAUUACCAAACCGCCCUUGUCCUUGGAGGAACUGUCUCUUCUGGUCUUCCACCAGACUUGCUGGUUUCUAGAUCAAAGGUUCCUAUGCCCUUACAGGAGGACAUAGUAAAUAUUUUGGCAUCGGUGCUUUCGCCACCUCUCUGUCCAUCAGCACUCGCCUCAAAACUCAGGGUUGCUGUUUUAUUGCAUGGUCUUCCAGGAUGCGGGAAGAAAACUGUUGUUAACUAUGUUGCGAGGAGGUUGGGCCUGCAUGUAGUCGAAUAUAGUUGUCACAGUUUAUUAGCAUCUUCUGAGAGGAAAACAUCUGCUGCGUUGGCCCAGACUUUUAAUAUGGCAAGAAGAUAUUCACCAACGAUACUUCUGCUCCGGCAUUUUGAUGUGUUUAAAAAUCUGGGCUCUCAGGAUGGCUCAAUGGGUGAUCGAGUUGGCGUUUCCUCUGAGAUUGCAUCAGUUAUUAGGGAACUCACUGAGCCAGUUUUUAAUAGUGAAUACAGUUCCAUGGAAGAACAUUCAGAUAGCAAUAUUUCUGUAGAAGUUGGGAAGUUUAGGGGACAUCAAGUUCUGUUGAUCGCAUCUGCUGAAAGUACUGAGGGUCUUUCUCCAACAAUCAGGCGUUGCUUCAGCCAUGAAAUACGUGUGGGUUCUUUGAAUGACGAACAGAGAUCAGAGAUGCUGUCUCAGUCACUCCAAGGUGUUUCUCAACUCCUUAAUACCAGCUCAGACGAUUUUUUGAAAGGAAUGGUGGGACAGACUUCUGGCUUCCUUCCUCGGGACUUGCGUGCUCUUGUAGCUGAUGCUGGUGCCAACUUAUUCAUCAGUCAAGAGUCCGAGACCAAGAAAAUUAAUUACCUGUCAGAUAAUCUUAGUGGAGUUGAUGUAAUAGACCAGGCAAGCCAAUUAGGUAACAGCAGUGAGAGAUUAACAGGUGAGGAGGACUUUACUAAAGCUUUGGACAGAUCAAAGAAGAGAAAUGCAUCAGCCCUUGGUGCUCCUAAGGUUCCAAAUGUGAAAUGGGACGAUGUUGGUGGGCUUGAGGAUGUGAAGACAUCGAUAUUGGACACAGUUCAAUUACCUCUCCUGCAUAAAGAUUUAUUUUCUUCUGGAUUGCGUAAGCGUUCUGGUGUGCUUCUCUAUGGCCCUCCAGGAACAGGGAAAGUAAGUAACCCGUUUUUGUUUUGUGACUUUAGCGAUUCAUCCCAGGAUCUGUUUAUCAUAGGGGCAAGCAACAGACCUGACUUGAUUGACCCAGCUCUUUUACGACCUGGCAGAUUCGACAAACUUCUAUAUGUUGGAGUCAAUGCUGAUGCAUCUUACAGGGAAAGGGUCCUUAAAGCACUUACUCGGAAAUUUAAGUUAAGCGAAGAUGUAUCUCUUUAUUCAGUAGCAAAGAAGUGUCCCUCUACAUUCACUGGCGCUGAUAUGUAUGCAUUGUGUGCUGAUGCUUGGUUUCAGGCAGCUAAGCGAAAGGUGUCAAAAUCAGAUUCAGGGGAUUUUCCUCCAGAAGAUGAUCCAAAUUCAGUUGUUGUAGAGUAUGUAGAUUUUAUAAAGGCAAUGGAUCAGCUCUCGCCAUCGCUCUCCGUAGCUGAGCUUAAGAAGUAUGAGAUGCUUCGAGAUCAAUUUGAAGGCCGUUCGAGUUAAAACCCCUCUCAUUAAGAACAGCAUUCAAAUGACAUUACGACCCAAAUUAGCAUACAUGUUACCCGAGCUGCUGAAAUCUAUUUGCCUGUAAUAGGAAAACCAUCAACCUCUUAUACAUAGCUAUAAUAAACUCAGUUCCUUUGAAUAUAACAGUCAGCUUUGUUAAUUACAUAUGUCUGUUGAGUUGAUAUCUGUGAUGGAGACAUUUCCUUUUUUCUCAA